UGCCGCCCUUUUGUGGCUUGGGCAGGACCUCCGAUAGCUCAACCGGAAGUUCAGCCGCCGGCGAAACUUCUAUCAACUAAUCUCCGGCGAAGAAUCUACCAUGCCAUCUAUCCGACGCUUUGUAUGUGGUUAUGCUCAUAAGGUCUGUCCUUCCUCACUCGCUUUUGUAUCCUCUCGUCCUCUCAUACACACCGAAACCCUAGCAGUUUCUUAUUCUACAUAUGUUGUUAAAAACCUAGAUAUUCUUAGCCAGUUCACAUCUUUCAACGAUUUAUCCAAUUUGAAAAAAAUCGAUCUAGUAAAUCCGAAUGAAAGGAGAAAGAUCGUUACAGGUUUAUGUAAGUUAAUCAAACAAGGACAAUUCCAUGUUUUGAAGGAAUUUUCUCUUAAGUUUUGCCCAAUUUUACUUGUUAAGAUUAUGAAGGAGUUAGAUGAUGAUGAUCAAGCAUAUGCGUUUUUCAAAUUCUCUUUUGUUGAUACUUCAAUUGCUUCUGUUCGAUCCUGUUGUAUUGCUGUUCAUUUGCUAGCUUCAGAUGGAUUGAUGAUUCUGGCACAGAGAAUUUUAUCUGUUGUUGUUGGUAGGAUUGGUCAGUCUAGGGCAGAUGAGGUGUUUGAUUUAAUGUGGAAAGAUCAUAACAGAUAUAAAUCAGAUUUCUAUGUUCUUAAUAUUCUUUUGUGGGCUUUCUUGAUGGUGAAAAUGGAAUCACAAGCUGUAGGAAUGGUUAAUAAGAUGAGGGAAGUUGGUGUUCGUCCGAGUUCAUCUUCUCUUUGUGUUCUGUUUAAACAGUUGAUUAAAGUCGGGGAUUAUGGAAGUUUAUGGAAGUUAUUCAAGGAAAUGAUUAAGAAAGGACCACCUCCGACUAACUACACGUUUAACAUGAUGAUUCUCGGAUUCUGUAAGAAAGGAAAUGUUGAAAUCAGUGAGAGUUUACUGAAUUUAAUGACGAAAUACUAUUGUGAACCGGAUGUUUAUUCUUACAACAUUGUGAUAAAUGCUAACUGUAUUAAGGGUAGGAAUGUAAUGAACUGGUUUAAACUAAUGGUCGAAAGAGGAUGCAGUCCAAGUAUUGUCACAUUCAGCACGGUUAUAAGCAAUUUGUGUAGUGAAGGAAAUGUAAUCGAAGCACGUAAGCUGUUUGAUGAAAUGCAAGAGGUUGGAAUUUGUCCAAACGCAACUGUAUUCAACUCUUUGCUCGACGGUUAUGUUAAAUCUAGGGAGAUGUAUUGUGCAAACAUGUUAUACGAGGAAAUGAAGAGGAAAGGUGUUGCUCCUGAUUGUAUAACGUUUAAUAUAUUGGUCGCGGGUCAUUAUAAGUAUGGAAGACGAGAAGAUGGGGAUCGAUUACUUCUUGAAUUCUCGUCUUUAGGAUUGAUUCCGGAAAGUUCUCUUUCGGAUUUAUUUGUUGGUGUUCUAUGUUGGGCGGGUAGGUUAGAUGAUGCAAGGGUUUAUCUCGAGGAUACCCUUGAGAAAGGAUUAUCGAUAAGCUUAAUUGCGUUCAAUUCUCUCAUCGCGGCAUAUAGUAACGCGGGUAAUGACGAACAGGCGUUUCGAGUUUACUUAACGAUGGUUAAGUUCGGUUUCAACCCAUCAUCUUCAACAUGUCGGUCUUUACUAAUGGCCUUAUCGAGAAACGGGAGGCUAAAUGAAGCUCGGAGGCUUUUAAACGAUAUGUUGGAUAAUGGUUUCCCUAUCGAUAAUCAUUCGUUUACGGUUCUAUUAGAAGGGUAUUUUCGAAAACGUGAAUUCGUCGCCGCGUUUAACCUGUGGGAGGAGAUGAAAUUGAGAGGGGUAUCUCCCGAUUCGGUUGCGUUCUCGGUUUUCAUCGACGGAUUGUCGAAAGCAGGGCUCGUGGACGACGCACGCCAAGUGUUCGACGAAAUGCUUAGGAGAGGUUUUAUUCCGAAUAAUUUCCAUUAUAACUCGCUAAUAUACGGUUUUUGUAAACUCGGAAGGUUAUUCGAAGCAGUUAAAUUGGAGAAGGAGAUGAGAUUAAGCGGUCUUCUCCCGGAUACUUUCACGAUCAAUAUUAUAAUCGAUGGUCUAUGUCGAGCGGGGAAUAUGAAGAGAGCGAUCGAUACUUUCACCGAAAUGCAACAAUUCGGUUUGAAACCCGACGAUGUGACCUAUAACACGUUAAUCAACGGUUUCUGUAAAGUUUUCGAUAUGACAAAUGCUGAUUAUUACACAAACAAGAUGCAAUUGAGUGGAUGGGACCCGGAUUUAACUACUUACAACAUACGUUUACACGGAUAUUGUAACAGUCGUAAGAUGCAUCGGGCUAUUGUUUUAUUCGACGAGUUAGUUUCGUCGGGUUUUGUUUUGGACGAGGUUACGUAUAAUACAAUGGUGAAUGGGGUUUGUAACGAUAUACUUGAACGAGCCAUGGUUUUGACGGGUAAGUUGAUUAAGAUGGCUUUCAUUCCGAAUGUGGUUACAGUUAAUGUGCUUUUGUCGCAUUUACGAAGGCAGGGUUUGCCCGAGAGGACUUUGAUGUGGGGUCGUAAAUUGAGUGAGAUUGAAUCGUGUUUUGAUGAGAUAACUUAUAAGAUAUUGGAUAGGGCUUAUUAUGAUGUUCAGCAAGAUCCUAGGUUUUCAAAAGAGGCUGUUGAGAAAAGCUUGUUUAUUGAUUUUCUUAUGUUUAUUACUUUUGACUAUCUUAGUCGAGUUGACAUGGAAUGCCAAAAAAAUAAGGGCGAAAAGGAUAAGGUUUUUCGAUUAGCCGAUGUUGGUUCGGUUAGGUUUGAUUGAUUGUUUUGCAAAUCAGACCCUACAGGUCCAAAUUUGGGGGAUAAUCGGAUGGUUGGAUCGUCGACUGGAGGUGCAGUACAGGGGUGAUCUUCCUCGACCUUUAGAUCUUAACUCGUGGACGAAUCUCAGCCCUUGAUUCUUACGGUUUAAUUAGAGAAUCGUAAUUCGAAUAAUAUUUCUGCCGCCAUUUGUCUGGCUGAAGAUUAAUGUUUCCUUUGAGAUGUUUUCCUGACUGCAGUUCCUGGGAGUACCAUCUGUAUUCUCAAGAUCAUCAAUACCAUGAUGAUUAAGGUUGAUAGAAGCUGGAC